CAUUUUUCUGAAUCCAGGUUGCAGAGAUAGCUGGUAGUUAAAUUUUAACCAGGAUUACACAUGGUCUUUAAAUGCUGCUUGUGGUGUUUUAUUUUUUUAAACACACUCAAUCCAGCCAAUUCAGUUGAUCUAACACAAUAUCUAUAAGUUUUGUGUAUUUGUCAGUGUUGUCGCAUUGUGUCAUUUAUACUGGACAUUGUUAUGGUGGAUUAUUCUUGUCUUGCCUGCUGCUUUUGUUGGACUUAUCUCUGGUGCACCCUAUCUGUCACAGGUCUCUUGCCCUCCUGGGUUGCACACGCUGAGGUCAGAGCUCAGUUGUUCCUUGUACCAUACUGUCCUGUGUCUGCCUGUUUUCCAACAAGCUAGGGAUUGUUGUCAUGCAUGUACUGUAUGAUGGCUGUUGUCCAAGAGGUUGAAUGGGCAUUUUAUUUGAAACACAUUUGUCUUUUUGGUACAGUAGACUAGAAUAACCUUUUGAUUAAAUGUUUGAAUGGAGUCCUGUUUUUAUUUAGUCUGUUUAUAUAUUUUAUACUUAUAGCCUGAAACAUUGUCUUGAAGAAAGGCUUCCCUGUUAGAGCAGAGUGGGUAUGAGGCAUUUUCAAAAAAAAAAAAGAGAGAGAGAAGCAGAGGCAGAAGAAUGAGGCUUGUAAUUGGCUGAAUGGCUGAAGCAGUCAGCCUAUGGGAGUCGAGUUGAGCUUGGCUAAGUUUACACCAAUAGUGGAAUUUUUCCCCUUAUGGAGUGAAGAUUGAGAAAGUGCCUGCCUGUAGCUUGUUCUGGUUUCUACAGUCUGUUACUGCCUGCAGGAGUGCAAGGAGCUCUGAAAUAGGGACUGCUGUUUCAUGCACGAAAAGGAUGAUGCUGACAAAGACCCUGCAGCCUCCUAUUGUUUGGAAACCCCAUAUGGUUAUCAAAUAGACUUGGACUUCCUCAAGUAUGUUGAUGACAUAGAAAGGGGCAACACCAUCAAAAAGCUGAACAUUCAGAGAAAACCCAAAGUGACCAGGUCUGUGCCACCCCCUCAGUCUGGUCAGGGUGAAUGGACUUCUACGGACUCUCUGUCCUCAUCCAACAGUGAUGAAAGCAAGCAGUCACCAGUCUUCUUCGCAACUCGGAACCAGCUAGCCUCCCUGGGCCACAUUGUGCAAGUCAAUGAGGCCCCCCAGGCCUUUGUGAACAUUCUUGAGGCCAAGCAGCAGCAGCUGCCACCACCUUCACCCCGUCUCCCUCGCCACAACCUCCAGGUGGAGAAAACACUAAUGGAGACGCGGAGGCGGCUAGAACAGGAGCGGCUACUCAUGCAGCCGCCAACAACUGAGCCACCCCGUCGGCGUCUGGCCAGUUUCGGCGGAAUGGGCUCCAGUAGCUCCUUGUCGUCCUAUGGUGGCUCAUUUGGGGCAAGCCAGAUCUCACCUAGUUCAAAUUCUCUUCAGCAUAAUGGACAUCUGGCCAAUGGUGAAUACAGUCUUUAUGUACCAUCCUCCAUGGGCAGCUCAAUACGUCACAGCCCACUGAGCUCAGGUAUGACCACACCAGUAACUAACAUCAGCCCCCUGCACCUUCAGAACAUCCGUGACCAGAUGCUGGUGGCUCUCAAACGACUUAAAGAGCUUGAGGAGCAGGUGAAAACCAUCCCAAUUCUUCAGGUUAAGAUCUCGGUCUUGCAGGAGGAAAAGAGACAACUGGUGUCACAGAUAAAGAACUCAAAACUACCUGGGCAGGGCCAAUCUGGGGGCUUUCGGAAGCGAUCCUACAGUGUAGGAAGUGCUGAUCAGUAUGAGCCUGUGGCCCAGCUUCAGUCGGGUUCUGAGUUGCACAUUGCUGAGUCAGGAAACAUAGAACAGAGCUCACAAAGGCUGCAGGAGUUUCGGCAACUGACAGCUGAGGUACAGGCUUUAGGAAAAAACAUCCAGGACACCAGCAUGGAGUCAGAGCAUGCCUUACACCAUGUACAAGACAGUACAAACCAAAAUGCCUUGCAAAGACAAUGGAGCCGUGAAAGUAAAUCCAUUGGUGUUGGUGCAGAUGAGAACAUGAAUGAUGUAGUAAUCUACAGGAAGUUGCCAGGACAGAGCAAGGAUGUUGCUGUAGGAACUGAGCAGGAGACAAGGAGUACAGGAGUUGGGGUGACUGAGGCCAUGCUGGGCAUGAGCAGUGAGACUGAGGCUGAAAUAGAGCUGCAGCACCAAACCAUUGAGGCCCUUAAGGAGAAGAUCUACAGAUUGGAGGUACAGCUGAAAGAGACCACUCAUGAAAUGGAGAUGGGCAAACUCAAGCUAGAGCUUCAGGUGGCUGGCUCAAGGAAGAAACUGGACAAGGGUUCGCUGGCAAAACCUGAAAUGUACAGCACUUCAGUAGAGGCCAAGGUCUCCACAGAGAGUCAAGGGGUGGGGAACCAUGCAGAAUGUAAUGACAUCAGCACAGGUCAUGUACCACAAACAAACACUGUUGCUGUCUGUUGUAAACCAGACUCAAGGCAUAUUGCUGUGGGUCAGGAUUUGACAAUGGAUAGAUGGGUUGUACAAGAACGUGUGGAGGUUCAAGAUAAGUGUGUUGGAAAGGAGGUUAUAAUGUGCCAUCAGAAAGUGGGGGUAGAAGUAAGUAAGUGUGAAGUGGGAGUCAACACUAAGUUGGCUUUGGAAAGUUUAGACCUUUUCAAGACAGAGUCUGAACCGGCAAAAGAAUUCAGGUCCAUUGGAUGUGGAGAUUGCACAGUGGAUGUAUUGGUUAGUCCCAUUAAGGAGAUGUUGUCCAAAGGCACAGCGACUGACACUGUGGGUAAAAUGGACUCAGCUGUAAUGGUUUUACCCACAGUGUUUUCUCAACCUACAAACACCGAAGUGAAUACUGUAGAUAAUUUCACGAACACUGAGAACGUUGUUCUCACUGAUUCUUGCAUUAACACUCAACAAAAUUCUGAAGACAAACAAACCAGCACAGUACCAUUGGAGACUCGCACUGUUGCUGUUGGUGAUGGCCUUGUAAAAGAUAUACAGACCACAGUAAAGUCUCGCUCCAUUGCAGUUGGUACCACAGCUUCAGGUGAGACUACUGAAAAGGUGACCUGUUUCAAAACCAAAGAAAGUGGGGUUGGGCUUACUAGCAUAGAUGAGAACUUUUUGGUGGGUCUUAAGACACGGAGCAUAGCUUGUGGCCCCUUUCAACCCCUAAACCAAGAAGUGGAGAAGAGUGUAGCAGCUGAACAAAUGAUUGCUGCAGAGACUGUCAAUUCACAAAACAAGGCUGGUACUCGAUUUGACUUGGAUCACUAUAUAGAGAGAGUGCAGAAGCUUCUUCAAGAGCAACAAAUGUUGCUGGCUGAGAAUUACAGUGAGUUGGCAGAUGCAUUUGGUCCACCACAACAGUCCCAGUUCAACUCCAUCAACAGUGAGUUGGUAACCACCCUGUCAUCCAUCAACUCAGUGAUGAAGUAUGGCAGCAUUGAGGAUCUCCACAACAUGGACCUCUGGAGUCUGCAAGCAGACUCUGGUAAUGUCAGAAAAGACUCUCAGAUUGCCAACUCUCAUUUGGUCAGUGCAAAGCUGGAGGUCACUCACACAGACAGUGUGUGCGCUGAGGUGACCCAUGAGCAGAGUGCAGCCUCACAGAAGAGCCAUAUGGACCAGCAGAUGUCCACUGCUCUGCAUGGUAGCCAGAGCACCCUAAAGUCUAUCAUGAAGAAAAAAGAUGGUCGCCAGGGUAACAGCAGCACCAAAAAGAACCUGCAGUUUGUUGGUGUGAAUGGAGGGUAUGAGUCAACAUCAAGUGAUGACUCCAGCUCAGAGGAGAGCAGCUCUUCAGGCUCUGAGGGGGAAGAGGAUGAAACGGAGAGGUUGGAAAAAAAUAUAAAGGAGAGGAGGAACGAUCAGUUUAGUAAUGAGGGAGCAGAGGAUGUAAAGAAAGAUGUGGAAAGUUCUGGCCAGGAGAAUCAGGAGACACGAGAGAGGUACGAGUUGAGUGAAAAGAUGCUGUCUGCAUGCUAUGUUCUUAAAACCCACCUGACCGACACUAAGGCGUUAUCCAGUAAAGAUGUGAGGACAUGCAUGAACACGGUGCAGCACGAGUGGUUCCGUGUAUCCAGUCAGAAGACAGCGGUGGCAGCUAUGGUGGAGGACUACCUGAACGCUUUCCGUAACAUCUCGCCCGCCCUGCUGCAGCAUGUGGUCAACAUGGCCGACGGCAACGGCAACACCGCCUUGCACUACAGUGUUUCCCACUCCAACUUCCACAUUGUCAAGAAGCUGCUGGACGCAGAUGUAUGCAACGUCAAUCAGCAGAACAAGGCAGGCUAUACUCCCAUCAUGCUAGCUGCGUUAGCUGCCGUUGAGGCCCCUAAAGAUAUGAGGGUGGUGGAGGAGCUGUUCAGCAAAGGGGAUGUCAAUGCAAAAGCCAGCCAGGCUGGUCAGACAGGGCUGAUGCUGGCAGUCAGUCAUGGCCGGAUGGACAUGGUGAAGGCACUGCUGGCCUGUGGUGCUGACGUCAACAUCCAGGACGAUGAGGGUUCCACGGCACUCAUGUGCGCCAGCGAGCAUGGCCACGUGGAGAUAGUCAAGCUGCUGUUGGCCCAGCCAGGCUGCGACGCCACACUGCAUGACAAUGAUGAAAGUACUGCUCUGUCCAUUGCUCUGGAAGCUGGACACAAAGAUAUUGCAGUGCUGCUGUAUGCCCAUGUCAACUUCUCCAAAGCGCAGUCACCAGGAACACCUCGACUUGGCAGGAAGACUUCUCCAAGUCCCACUAGGAGGGGCAUGUUUGAUUAGACAAGCCCCAUACCUCCUUUACUUUUUCUCUGCUGCUAUUUAUAGUUCAUAUGUGCCUAGCAUUUAGCGACUCAUCAAACGCUGAUGCUCCGAAUCCAUCACAGACUUUGAAUGGACAUUUAUUCAGCACUUUUCUGCCUUCAGUGUCAUGUUCUCUUCUACUUCGAAUUUUUGUCAGUGGGUUUCUGGUUAUAUUUGGGUCACAGCGAAUGAGUUCCACAGUACAUUUUAUUUUGUGCCUGAAAUCACAAUGAAGUGAUGCCCGUAGAGGAGUUUUGACAUCAACUGGAACAUGGUCAUAAUGUAAGCUCAAAUCAGUGUAGAUAUUAAGGUUCAUGUUAUUUCUUGUCAAUAUGUCUACUGUGUAUCUACAGAUUACUUUUGUUUUUAAUCAGGAAUCAAUUCUAUGAUAUCUAAGAUGAUCUGAAGUCUAGCUUUAUAUUUUAACCCUGUAAAUAUGACUCCGAUUCACAGCAAAGUGGAUGUAUAUCAGUCUUAUUCUCAGUGUCCCCGUAGACAUAGUGUGGCAGGCUGGACUACAAAAAUUGGACAAUAUUUUAAACAUUGCAGGAAAUAUCUAGAUUGAACAUAGUCCUUACUUUUAUACAUGCCGUUUUUAUUUAAUAAUCACAGUAUUUACCGAUUUACUAUCACAUCCUAACAGGACAUGAAGUUAUAUAUUUAUCAAUUAAAGGUUUUAUUAAAAAUAAUUGUAUUUUCAUGAUAUGUAAAUGUUUACAGUCAAUGGUUAUCGUAGGUUUGAGUCCCUUUUGUUAAAUAAAUCUCUGUCAGACUUUAUGGUACUUUUGUCUGAAAUUCAGUGGUUAAAGUUCGUAUCACUUUCCACGUAAUAAAAUUCUUUAAAAAUGA